AUGCGCAACAACUUUCCGCUGCCCUCCAAAACACAUUUGCUCAACGGGCCCACCACUAUCCAGGACGCCGGAGACCCGGAAGUAUUAGAUGAGAAACGGCUGCCCUCUUCCGUGUUCCUCGCCGAGAAGCAGCUCCAGGUCGUCGCGCCGCCCUCCAUUUUUGCCACCAAUCUCAUCGCCAGGGCCAUUGUGCUACGUUUUGGCCCGCUAAUCGAGCGCGACGAGCCGGACGACGACAUGCCGACGCUGAACCUCGACAACUUGAAGGAGGUCGACGAGAAAAGGGCAAAUUCCCAAAUCGUCUCCAUCAACCUGCACUGCAUGUUCUCGGUGCUGUGGCAGUUGAGCAGGAGGGAUCCGGAGCUCUGCGUGCAGGCGAUGACCUCCUUGCUGUCGAUGCUGCAAUGCCUGCCCCCAGAAUCGCUCGUCAACGAGCCAAAAUCGGCCAUUCGGGACAUGCACGAGACGUUGAAGCGGUUGCGGAUUGAUGGCUCCUCCUGCGUUUCCGGUCUUGCCUCAGCCUGCCUCACCGCUCUCGCCACAGCCUCCGCUUCACCCGAAUUCCUCUUCUCAACGGCGGCCACGUUUUUGUGCGAUAACAUCACUGGGAAUCUGAGCACCUCCAACGACGUGGACCACGUCCAAAUCCCCGAAAAUCAUCACCGACUCGCCCUCUACGUGCAGAACCGAGUCUUCCACGGUACCGAACCGGGAUUCGAUUGGUGUCUCCUGCCCCUUUCGGACUUCUUGUGCAUCUCCGGCUUCGAUAUGUCGACGCUGCCGAUCGACUGCUCGCCGUCAACCCCGGAUGAGGAUCGGAGGCUUUAUUCGGCGAUUGCCAGUGAUGGCGCUCACGUCUAUGUCCUCACGUACCUCGGCCUCUUCAAGAUGGGCACCGGGCUGGCGGAGACGGUCGCCGGCAAACUUUACACCUCGAAUACGAUGAUGAGGGCGAGACGGGGCCAGUCCAGCCGCGUCUGGGUCAUCGACGCCUACACGUUACGAGAAAUCGGCGAGAUCAUCCUCCCCCCAGCCACCACCCAAUCAGCGAUCUUCAGCGACGGCGACGACUUCUACCAGGCCACGGUCGACCAGCAUUCAUCUUUGGUGGUGACCGUGCUCAACGACAGCUUUGUGGCCUCCCAGGAGUCGAAGCUCAAGCAGAAAUAUCGAUUGAGCGAGGUGACCUACAGCUCGUUUGGUGAGAUUCAGCCGAUUCCGCACACGCUGCCGAAUACGCUACCUUCAACGUUACAGAGCCAAGCCGUCGACCUGCACAUGGGCGGGGAGUGCGCCUUCUUGCUGGCCCGCAGCGGCAAGGUGUUCUACAGUGGAAAUGGGGCCCGGCUCGGGUUGCAGGAAACCGGAACCACGUGGAUGGAGCUGGUGUUGCCGGAGCCGAUCGUACAGCUUUGUGUGGCAACUGAGAUGGUGCUCUUCCGCUCUGGCAGCGGCCACAUCUGGAUGGCGGGCGGCGAGCAUGGCCGGAAUCGGCAGGGAAAGCUGCCCACGGGAGCCACGUACGCGUACGUGACGGAAAACGGGAGAGCCUAUCUGCAGGGACGGCAUGGCCUGAAAACCCACCCGGAAACCGGGCUAAUUUGCGGCCUCGAAGGAGUCCACCUCGUCUCCAUAGCCCUUGGCAAGACGCACGCCGUCGGGGUGACGAAGCACGGCUAUCUCCUCACGAUGGGCCUCAACAAUUUACAUCAAUGCGGCAGGGUGGAGCACCUCUUCGUCAAGGACGUCGCCAGUGUCUGCGUUCAAUGCGGCCAGUGCUCAGCCAGAGGCCCUCAUUGCCCAAGGGCCCAGACGGCUCGUCCGAGCGAUCUCUGCCCCUGCGGCCCCGGAGAGACAGCGUGCUUACGUUGCGGCCUGUGUCGGCUGUGCGGGGAGGCGGAAGCUGGACCCGGGGAUGAGGCCCUAGCGGCGGAGGGAGACGCGGAGCUGCUCGGGACGCCGCAAAAGACCCUGCUGACCCCGGCGAGGAUCCAGCUAUCGAAGGGGGCCGUAGAGACCAAGGUAGCCAUGGUGGCCUGCGGAAAUUUUCACACCAUCGUCCUGGGCGCCGAUCGAUCAGUCUACACCUUCGGAUCGAACUGCCACGGCCAGCUGGGGGUCGGUGACACGAAGAAGCACGUCUCCCCUCAGAAGCUUGACCUGCCGGCCGGAGUCCAAAUCGUGCAGAUCGCCGCCGGGGCCAACCAUUGUGCGCUGCGGACCAGUGAGGGCCAAGUUUGGACGUUUGGUGCCCAUCGGCACGGGCAGCUGGCAAGAGAUCCUGAAGACGCCCAUUGGCACUGUCGACCGAUAGCCGUCCCCGGAUUUGGCGCCCAAUUUGGGCUGUUCGCCACGUGGGUGGGCUGCGUGGGAGACGUCACGCUAAUUCACUCGGCUAGGUCGCUCUUUACGCAAGAAAACAUUCAGGAUGCCCAGAUUGUGGCCAAUAAAAAUUGCCUCUUUGUGUUUCCGCGCGAGGCCGGGAAGGACUACGUGGUGGUACGUCGGAAACAGCACACGUUUACGCAUCAUCAGCUGGGGCCGACAGGGCUGUAUACAUCCUGGUGCAUCGACCACGACCACAACGUCAUCUGGUCGUACUCGGCAGCCGAGAUGCGCGUCCAGGGCGUCACCGAGGCGCGCGGGCUGACGGCAAGCCAAUCCUACGGCAAGGAGCAGAAUCCGUUGAACCUGCUGCGAAGUCCGGAAUUCUUCAUCCCCACAGAGUUCGAGGCCCGCCUCAGUACAAAUCAGCUUCAUGAGGGCUACUCGGUGGUCAAUCGUUUCGAGGCCAAUGGCGGAGGCUGGGGAUAUAGCGCUCACUCCGUCGAAGCGAUCCAGUUCCAAGUAAACCGCCCCAUUCGGCUGAUCGGCGUCGGGCUGUACGGCGGCCGCGGCGAGUACAUCGCAAAAAUCCGCAUCCACCGGCUGAUCGGCGGCGAUAUGGACGAGUUGAUGGUGGAGGAGGUGACCGAGACGGACGAGACGCUGUUUGAGUGCGGAGCAAGGCAGACAGCCGCUUUGAUGCUCACUCGACCGGUCAGCAUCCAGGCUGGCCAGUGGUACGCCGUGUCGGCAAAGAUCAGCGGUCCGUCAUCAGAUUGCGGAGCUAAUGGCCGGGCAGUCGUCGAAAGCGAGGACGUCUCCUUCCACUUCCGGAACUCCAUACUCUCUAAUAACGGGACCGACGUGACUGUUGGCCAAGUGCCAGAGCUCUUCUACCAGGUCGAAAAAUCGAACGCUGAGGUGUAUGUGGAUCUCUCGAAAGAUCUGGACGGCCGGGGCUUUUCUGACUUUUCCGCGCUGCUCCGCUCGAAGACGCUGCUUACCCCGACGCCCGAGGUGUUCAACUCGUUGCUGCGGAUUUUUGACUGGGCCGUGACAAGAGCUUUCGAGCAACACCUCGACCUCCCCUACGAAGACCAGCGAUGGCUGAGCGAGCGUGCCGUUUCGAUCGGCAUCUUGGCGUUGAAGAUGAUCAAGUUUUACCUGAAAAUGCUCUAUCCCUCAAAUGGGGCUGCCGAGGAGCCGGGGCUGGAGUUUGCGGAGAGCGUCCUGAAAAUAUCGCUGGCCUUCAACACGUUGUUCGAGUUGGCCUCAAAUCAAAUUAAGGAGCCGAAGCUGAGCCGUUUCCGGGUGCCCGAGCUUGCCCAGGAGCUGGUGGUAAAGGUCGCGACCGAACUGGUCACGCCCGACUUGCAGGGAUACGUGCAGCCGACGUUGCUGCAGACGCCGUCGAGGUUCCGCCGCAAUUCCCCGCACGCCAACUGGGAUCUCACUUCUGGAGCUCCGGACGCCAUUUGCUUCCGGACGGACAUAUCCGGGCUGACCCUGCAUGGUGUCGGGAUUUAUACAGGAAACCCGGCGGAGAUGACCAUGACGAUGGAGCUGCUCGAGCAGACCUGCAGGCUCGGGGAAUCCGAGUGGGAUAGGCUGGAGAUGGUGACGAUCCUCGUGCCCGCCACCGAGGAGGGCAAGGAGACGUUCAUUGCAAACGGCACCGUCUACGCCAUCAAACUGUCGACGCAGAACGGGACGAAGACGUUUUGCGGCGAGGGAGGCCUGAAUUUUGUGCGGCUGUCGAACGGGGCCCGGCUGGUGUUCAACAACAGCGCAAUGAGCGAGAACGGGACGUCGAUGACGCGCGGCCAGAUCCCGUACCUCGUCUACACGCUCAGCGACGCUUUGAAGCCGCAGCUUGACACGAAGAGCGAAAGGGAUCAGGCGAUU